AUGGUCGCCCCGGAUGUCACGCCGACGAUCAAGGAGAAGGGGCCGUUGUCGACGGUCAAUGAGGAAGCAGCUCAGGGGGACACCAUCGAGCCUUCGAGUUUGCAACCCGAAUUGUCGUCGACCCGGCAGGUCCUACCAGCAAGUGGCCCAAGUUCGCUUGGAGCCCCGCCGUCGCCGCCAUCCCGAAUGACGGAUGUCAUUGACUUGACGGCGGAUGAAGAUCUGGACGAGCGUGCAGCCUGGAAUUCCGAAGUGUCAUCCAGGAUCCCUGGACCCAACUUCCAGGCUUGGUACGCCACGGCAAACGCGACCUCCGAGUACAUUGCAACCCGGACGUCGAUGGCCCGCCAGAGCGACGCUUGGAUUUUCGAGUGGAACCUGGCCGGUUUCAGGUUUCGCAACCUGAUUCCAGGAUGGUCUCAGACUCGGACGUCCAGAUUGAACCCGGAAGUUGUGUUGGGAGUCGCUCAGGACCUUCAACACUUGCUCGCUCUGGAACUCCUGAAUUGGCGUGACAUUGCUUCAGGGGUUCCAUCGCAAAUUGUUCUUGCACCUGGACUGAACGUUCCGAAACCCGAUGCUGAGGAAGACAAUUUGAAAGACAUCAUGGCUGAGGACCGGGAAGAUGAUUUAUUCAUGUCUGAUUACCAGGCCGGCGUCCUUGGUCCUGAAUGUCUGCAGCGUCUGGAAGGCAUCGGCAUCCGGACUGUUCGGAGUCCCGUUAGUUCGUCGCUCGGAGAACCGGACUUGAAGCGCCAGCAUCCUCCUCCGUCUUCAAUUCCGUCCCUGCGCUCGUACUUGUCGCUCCGGACGCGACCCAAGAUUCGUCUCUCCCGGAUGCCAUGA